CGCUAUUGUCUAGAGCAGUAGCUCAUCAUACUGAUUGUAGGCUAUUGGGGAGGGAUCCUGUAUGGUCAAGUAACUUUUUGUCAUGGCCAGGACGACUACUACUUCGAAAGUAAUUGGUUCUAUGAAUUCUAGGUCUAUUGGACCAACCGCCUCGUUUAAUUGUUUGGGAAUUCAAUCGGAGAUCAGCAAGGUUGAAGGGGGUGCUGAAGAACGGAACAUUAAUCUCCAUGUGGGUCAUGUUGAAGCUUCUUCUUCUUCUUCUUUUGGAGAUGAAGGAUGUACAACGAGAUUGAUCAGGUGGGUUCUCUUACAAAACACACUUUUCCAGCUUUCACACGAUUCUAUAAUAUAUGUUAUUAAUUAAAAAGUUAAGUUAAGAAGGAAUCUUAUAUGAUCUCAUUUAUAUAUAUCUUUGAUUACUUACAUGAAUUAGCUGCAAUUUACAAAUUGCAAUGGAAUAUUGUUAUAUUUUGAUUUGUAGGAAAUGAUAUAAUAAAUGAUUGUUAGACUUCAAUCCCAAUAUGUUUGUCUUUUUGUGUGGUUUGUUUGGGACUUUGGGUGGGAUGGUAUGGCUUAUUACCCAAAUGGAAAGGGCGCAGUUGUGGGAUUGAUGGAUGGGAGUUGUUGUUUCUAUGACAUUGUAGAUAAUCACUUGCAGCUAAAUAGUCAAACAUGUUUGAAGGAGAAAAAGAAGUUAUCCUGCAAGAGAAUAAUUGGGUUUCAGUUUUCUCCUGUUGACCCGAGUAAAGUGCUCGUCACUUCCGCCAAUUCACAAAUUCGACUACUAUCUGGCUGCAAUAUUAUCUUCAAAUUUACGGCCAGAAAAAAUCUUGGAAGUCAAAUAAAAGCUUCCUUUACCAUGGACGGAAGACACAUUAUCUCAACAAGUGAAGAUGCUCAAAUCUACGUAUGGGACUGCGACCAAGAAACCCCUUCAAAAACAAAGAAAAUAUCUCUCUCUCAGUUCUGUAGUUUAGUUCAGCUUACUUUUUUUUUAUGUAAGGAAAAAUUAGUUCCCACAUCGCCAUAUUCCAAAAGAAAUAGAAUGUAUAUAACUGAUUAGAAUUCUUCUUAUCAUGUAAAGGCUUAAAACAUGUGCCUGUGACCCAUGUGGGGGUAAUUAUGCUCAACAUAAGUCAG